AUGUCCAUUCCAACGAGUGACACCGGUGCCUUGAACAUUACACAGCUGAAUGUUGUGAAUAUGGUCGGAGCUGCCCUGUCUUCCUCACUCUGGGGUGCUGCUGGCUUGCAAAUGUUUUUGUACUUCCUCAAGUUUGUCCUGUAUAAUAUCCUGACUAGCAUCUAUGAGUCUGAUCACCGUGCACUCAAAGCUCUGGUUCUGGUCCUGUAUAUGGCUGACACGGCAAUCGAGGCAUUACUUUUUGCGGGUGUUUUCCUCAUGUAUAGCAGCGAAUUCCAGGGAGGUCUCGUAAUUCCACCCCGUUGCGGUGGCAGCGGAGUCGAUGAGGUGCGACUAGUUGCAAUCACUGCCUUGCCGCCGCCAACUGAUGUUGGCCGACCAACGUUCAGUGAUUUCUGGCGGAUAAUCAUAGUAGGUCGUAAUUUGAACCUAAAUUUAACAAGAACUCACUCUAUGCUUGUAAUUCCCAAGAUUCGAACCCUCCUCUCAAAUAUUUUCGGAGCUGUAGUCCAGCUCUUCUUUCUUUGGCGCAUUUACCGAUUCGCUGGUAAGAGCCGAACCGUGUGCAUGUGCCUGGUGUUCAUUGCAAUUGUGGCCAUGUGGCAAGUGGUUGGUGCCUCAUCUCAACUUUUAUCUCGUCGGACUAGUGUUCACUGUAUGGACCUUGUCAGUGCCUUUCUCUCCCCUUUCCGUCAGAUUUCUAAACAUAGAGCAGGUCGCCAAAUGCUCCCAUCGCAGUCAGUAUCUCAGCUCGUCGCGUUGUGUAUGUAUGACGAUUCUUCUUCAAAGGGAGAGACAUCAUAUCAUCAUACUACACCACAUGACCAUUGUUCUUCCCCCAACAGAUCAAGCAGACUCAUUUAUCGACUUGUGUUUAUGGCAAUCAACACUGGCCUUUGGACUACUGUCGUUGCACUCAUCAAUGUGUCCCUGGUUGCAUGGCGACCUACUGGUACCCUCUAUGUCGUCUUUGAAUAUCCACUUGCAUCACUCUAUCUCAACACACUGCUUGCCAAUCUCACUGUCCGCAAAUAUCUGCGCCGUGGCGACACCUCACAGCCUAACUUGAACAUACCGGUUGUGUCGGCAGACUCUGCAAGCAAGAGAAACACGGGCGUCGAUGAAGUAGCUCUCGCUCGUAUUGACCGUGGUAAAAGGCUUGCGCAGGCGAGUCGUCUCACGGCCCUUCAUGGAGGGCUACACCUGACGCAGAUUCCAGGACAAUACUUUUACAAUUCAAAUAGACGAGUCUAUGACCGUUGGGAGCGACGGCGAUUCCGCAUAAGUGUUUACAAACCUCGCACAGUCUGGGGGAUGACAAGGGUCAAGGGGUCGCUUCGUCAGUGA